CCGAUUGCAAUUGGAAAAACUGUCAGCAAGAAAAGAAAAAAAUGCAUGCGCAAAAAGGGCGCUGAAGCAUCACUUCAACAACUUGUUUGUGAAGGUUAAACCAACAAUAAAAAAAUUCAGCAAAAACAACAACAAUAAAGAGCGCAAAAGCUCAUCUAAGAUAAUGCAAUCCCAUUUUACAAGUUGUAAAGAACAUGACACCACGUUAAAGCUUGAAAAAUUUCACAUGUUGAGAUGAAAACAACUCAAUAGUAAGCACAAAAUAAACAAAACUGCAUACAAAAAUUGUAUAUAUAAAAAAAAACAGCAAAGGAGAAGCAUUUAAAUGUAGAAAAGUGAGCGACUCCAAAUGGCAUGCACGUGUGUAAACAAACUACGUGAAAUAUCCUUACAGCUAACAAAGCAACAUAGUAGAUACAUACAUUUUGUAAAUAUUUAAGUACUCAGCGGUGCUGAUCAUACCGCCAUAACGUGCCAAUUGAAAUUCUUGUACAAACUAAUUUGCAAAACCAAGCGCUUCCGCCCGCUUCAGUGAAUCGCAUAGUUGCUUAAAGUGGCCAAAAACUAAUAGCAGUUGCCAGAGAUCAACAAAAAUCGAGCAUAUAAUAAAAGCCAAUUGAACCAAAAAAAAAACAACAAAUCACCAAUUAGCAGCUUUUUAAGUUUUCAUUAACCAUAAAAGAUAUCCUCCAGAGCUGCUUUCUUCCUACAGUCGGCACCUAUUUACUACAUUCGUCCUUUCAACAUGUCCGAGUUUCGUUUCUUCUCAUUCACCGAUUUCCAGUACCGCGCCAAUGACUCAACGCUCUUCACGUUGCCCAUCACGCUUUCGACAAAGAGCACACCGGCCGACAAUGAGAUGUCCGAUGACUUGAAUGUGCCGUACAUGGUUUUCGAGAUAUUAGUUGCCAUUUUUGCCGUUGUCGGUAAUUUUAUGGUAAUUGUGGUUUUCCAACGCGAACGCAAACUUCGCCGUCGUACAAAUUAUUAUAUAGUUUCUUUGGCGAUGGCAGACUUUCUGGUCGGCUCGCUGGGUGUGCCAUUUGCGGUGCUGGCAUCGGUGGGUUUGCCAAGAGAUUUGUAUACCUGCCUCUUCACCGUUUCGCUGUUGGUGGUGUUGUGCACAAUUUCCAUUUUCUGCUUGGUGGCCGUAUCGGUGGAUCGUUAUUGGGCCAUACUAUAUCCGAUGGCAUAUUCGCGGAAUGUGCGCACGCGUACGGCAAUUGUAAUCAUCUCGAUGUGUUGGGUCGCUGGCACAAUUGUGGGUUUUCUACCGUUGUUUGGUUGGCAUGUGAAGCCCGAAAACCAAGCGGAUAUGAGCUGUCAUUUUGUCAAAGUAAUGGAUUACAAUUAUUUGGUGUUUCUGUACUUUGCAACCAUAAUAACGCCGGCGUUGCUAAUGUUGGCUUUCUAUACGCACAUCUAUCGCGUCAUCGUCAAACAGGUACGCCAAAUAGUCACAAUGAAUCCGACGAGUAAUAGUAGCCGCCGUUCUUCCAACACACAAGUCCAAAUAACACCUGGUCGCCCACAUGGCGGCACUAUGCUACGCGUCUUAGGCGCUUCACGCAAGCGCGAUGUGAAAGCUACCCAGAAUCUCUCCAUUAUUGUGUUGUUCUUCAUGAUCUGUUGGUUUCCGCUGUACACCAUCAACUGUAUCAAGGCGUUCUGCCCUGACUGCCAGGUGCCUGGGAAGCUGACACUUUUCUGCAUUAUACUCUCUCACCUCAAUUCGGCCGGCAACCCUGUGCUGUAUGCAUAUCAUUUAAAGGAUUUCAGACUGGCUUUGAAAAAUUUGCUUUUGAAGAUAAUUGGCAUUGAGGUUGAACCGGUAGUGGAUCCAAUGCAUCGCUUCUCGCUGGCAAGUCAACACCGCCUACAAUCGAUAGAGGCGAGUUUGCGCAACUCGCUGCAACCACGCAUUUAUAUAGAUUCUCCCAUUUGGUUACGCCAGCAACAGCAAUCACUCAAAAACUCGCAAUCGACGCCAAAAUGCGGCGUUAUUACACCUUGCCUAAACAACAUUAACCAGACGGUGACCGCUGUGGCUUCUGUGCCCGCUGAUAUUGGCCGCGAUAUGUGGAAUAUAGUGGAGGCCUCAAGUGGCGCCGAGCUGGAAGGUAUCAACUACGAAUAUCCGAUUGGAAGAAGCGCGAAUACGCCGCCUACGCCCGCGUCCCAACAGCAGCGUCGCGGCUCUUCUUUCGGCAAUGCCUACAGUCCUUCCUACUCCUACAACAACUGCAACUACUACAUCAGUCCCGACGAAUCCGAAUUGGAUGAAGUCUUCCUACCAACAAUCUCGAACAGCAGUGGUAGCAAUAGUGUUGAUAGCGUUAGACCAAACGGCCGGUUGGGGCAUGCCCGAACAAGUGAAGAAAUCGCGCACAUCAUGCGUGAAAAAUUGCGCUCCGAUGACACGGAAUACCAGACGCAGAUGCGGUGUAACCAGCGCGCACUCACCGACUCUUCAUACAGUGAUUGUGAUAUGCAAAAGAAAAGCGCUGGUCAUACACCGCCAGCCAAGGGCCGAUUGUUGAAGACGGCACAUCAACGCCGGCUAUCCCAACUGGAUGCUGUUGAGCAAGCACGCGGCGGUUGUAGCACUGGUGAUACAGAUGGUGGCGGCUUCGGCGCUGGUAUCGGUUCCUGUUCACGAUCUACUUCCAGCUUAUCAGGACUCAGUAAUGCGGGAGUUUAUGUCGUUGAGAAGGACACGAGUCCGUUGUCGCCACCACGAAAACGUAAAUUCAAGAAAGCGCAACGCCUGCCUAUGAACAGCAGCAAGGCGGCUGAAUCAAGCAAUAAUAAGACGGCAUCUGGAGUGAAUAAAAACAGUCGAUCAUAUUCCUGCACCAGCGAGUCCAUGUCCACGCCCACCAAAGAGGUGGCGAAUGGCACAAAAGUGACGCAAACGCCGCCGGCAAACACACAUUCCAACAGCGCCAGCAAUGGCAAAAAUGCGCCCAAAGCGCCUACCCACAAUAACAGUAACAACGGUAGCAAUAAUCAUAACAAUUACAAUUUUAAUUGUCACACGACAGAGCGGCUGCCGCAUACGAUCCAUUGUCAUGGUCACGACAAGUUCAGUCGGUUGCGCGCUGUCAGUCACCUCAUUUUUCCGCCCAUCGUGAAGCAUUCCAGCCUCUUUCAUUUAUUCCAACCGAGCGCGACCAGUGCGGAAAAUGUAACAGCGCACAAUGCGAGUACAGUCGACACAGUUGCAACAACUACCGCCGAAUCGAUCGACAAAGUUGCAACAACUACCGCCGAAUCAAGCGCUUGUGCUACAACAACGGCAACAAUAGCGACGCCUACUACUGCUACUACUACGAGCGAGUGCAGCGAGCAAACGCCUCAAGCGACUGUCGCGUCGCGCAUCGCUUCCGUGGAUGAGUCAAUUAAAACGACAGUUACCGAUUUAACAAAUCCAGCACCAACGCCGCAGUCCAGAGCGCAGCCACCGCCUCCAACAAUAGAUGCACGUUUGAGUUAGGCGCUGAGAGGAGGAGGACUGAAUGUAGGUACUGACAGGCAUUUGUUUCCAUAUUUUUUUUUAAUUUAGUUAUACGAUUUUAUCGAUAAGGGAUUAUUAAUUUAAAUUACUAUAUACAUAAAUAACUAUUAGAUGAAUACAUGCCAUAGGAGUGUAUGUACAAACGGGCAUAUGUUUGUACGUUUAGUUUUACUGUUAUUUUAUAGUUGUAAACGAAUACUCAUUCUAAGUGUACUGGUAUGUAGUUAAUGUAGUUUUUAAUUAUUUACCUUCAUGUGUGUGUGUGUGUGUGCAUACAUAUAUACUACAUGCAUAUUUAUUACUAAUGUAUGUACAUACAUACAUACAUACAUAUUUAUAUCAAUGUAAGGAUUGGUAUUCAUGCAUUUGGUGCGAGUUUACUAAGAAUUUGCAUACGGCAAUUAAUUGAAUAAAAAAAAGGCUUUCAAAUGGCAUUGAAAUGUAAAUGAGGUCUGCGUGUGCUAAUAAUUUUUUAAUCUUAAAAUUAAGAAAAAUACUUACAUCACCACCCAGUGUAUGAAUUGAAUGUAACACAGGAAAAAUCAAGCAGGAAAAACUUUAGGCAAGAAAAACCGGCAAAGCUUGGUAUUUGAUAAUGUUAAUGUUUUAAAUCCCAUAGCUGUCAAUUGUAAAAAUAAA